GGAUAUUCGUUCGACGAAAGAUUCAAUACUGUGGUUCCAACAAGCUGGCAUAAAAACAUUUCAACAGCAAGAUCGGUUGAAACCGAUUGUUGACCAUCUCUUCUUACCCUUGUUCCACAGGAACAGACCAGACCAAGCCGAGACGAAGCUCAAGCCCAAGCCAUUUUUUAUAAUAGCAGCCAGCAGUCCUCUCUUUCGAUAGCUUUCGUUUCCGUUGCAUCCGCACCCAGAUUCCAAUGGCAUCCCGAUUGUUUGCCCGCCGGGCACUGCCGGCGGCCGCAGCGACACUCGCUGCGUCUCCUUCCUUCUUUUCCAACCCAGGAGCGGCGAGCUGCGAUGCGAGCCCUGCGAUCGAGUCGUCGAAGCCCGAUGCGUCCGAAUUCCUGAAAGCUUCUUCCAAACCAAAGGCCGGGAUGAAUCCGUCCGCAACCGGGGAGUUUCACAAACUAUUUCCGAAACGGCAGCUAUGGCAACCAAGGGUGCGUUUUUGUGGCAAUGAAUGCCGUAUUGGGCGAAGCUGAUAUUGCUUGAAGCAAUCAAAGUGGACAAGUCUAUCUUGGAAGAGAUAUAAAUGCCUUCCCUGUUUCAGCUGUCUGAUUUGUGGUUCAUUCAAAAUUCGCGUGUGGUGCUGAUCUAUCCGAUCUUGUUCUUUGCUUUUGUGCUGCAUGGCGUUCUGUUGCAUUGCGUCCCAUCUGCAGGUGGAGUACCCUAUGUGGGACGAAGACUGGGACGGCCGGGAACCCGCCUCCACGGGCAGCAAGGACGAGGACCGCCGCCGAAAGCGCAAGCUGCGGAAGGAGGGGGUGACCCGCCACAUCAUCCUUGUCCGGCACGGCCAGUACAACGAGCAGGAGAAGGAAGACGAGAAGCGUCUCCUCACCCCGCUGGGACGUGAACAGGCCGACCACACAGGCAGGCGUCUCAGGGAAAUGAUCGAGGGCGUUGCCGGCACCGAGUUCGGGGGCUGCAGCGUGAAGGUCGUCCGGGUCUCGAACAUGGCCCGGGCGAAGGAAACCGCCGACAUCAUCGCAUCGCACUUUCCGGAGGUCCCGCGGGCGGAACCCGACCCCGACCUCAACGAGGGACGACCGGCCCACAACAUCCCCGGUGGGAGGGCCUCGUCCUCGACCGUCGAGAGAACCGACGAGUCGCACCGACGGAUCGAGGCGGCCUUUCAGCGGUAUUUUUACCGCGCGGGGGACCUCCCGGAAGCCAGCAUCGAGCACGACGCCGAUGCGGCUGCCGGCAACUCCAGCGAAAGCGCAAACGCCGACCCCAACAGCGGGGAACGGAAAGAGGGGGGCCGCCACGAGUUCGAGGUCAUUGUCUGCCACGCCAACGUCAUCCGGUACUUUUUGUGCCGGGCCCUGCAGAUCCCACCGGAGGCGUGGCUGCGGUUGUGCACCUUCAACUGCUCUCUGACGUACCUGACGAUCCGUCCGACCGGUUCGGUGAACUGCCGGAUGCUCGGGGGUGAGUUUUGUUUCUAGAAAUGUUUCAUGUUUUUCUUGGUGCCGUAUCUUGUCGUGUACCAUGGGUGUGUGUUUGCGUGUGUGUGACGCAUGAAAAAAUCAACACAGGCUAUCGAAUGGCAAAGGACAAUAGACAAAGGAAAGAGAGAAACACACACAAGCCAUUAUUUCCGUCUUGCUCUACUCUCACUUAUAUUUGCAUUUUUCUAUUUUCCUUCGUUCAUCGUUUAUGCGUGCGAUGCCAUAGAUAUUGGACAUCUACCAUAUGGCAAGAGUACCUUUUCUUCCCACGCAGGAUUCAACUGGUAAUAUACUGUGAUGUAGCUAGAAGGUUAUUAAACAGCAUAAAAUAAACCGAACUGCCCCUGACCUACAAUGUUGUGCAACAGUACAUCGCUUGGGUGUCUUCUGUUAGUUUGUAGAAAGCCGUGGAACGUAUCCUUGUCGGGGGGUCGCACUUGUGUUGUUUUUUGACAGCAAAACUAUUUUGGAAUCGGUCGUAUGCCCUGCCGAUUUGGAUUCUAUGGGACAGGCAAGACGACGUUAAUGAUCCACAAACACACAUAGAAGCAUCUAAAUUAAUAUAUAUUAACCUCCAGC